AUGUCUACCAUAUCAUCCUUCUUAAACAAGACAUUAUUAGUUAUAGCUAUCACUGCAAUUUCAGUAGUAGCAUAUUAUAAGUAUGAUCAGCAAAGUAAUACCUGGGUUGAUAUAAACGAUUCGAAGAAGAAGAAGAGAAAAAACGGUAUAUCUUCUGCUAUUCCUGAUAUCCCUGAGACAGAAUUACCACCAACCACUCCAGGUUUAUAUAUAUGUGGCGCUACAGAUAAAAAUACAUAUCUAUUUCCUAGAAGAGUUGAGCUCUUUGAUGGAAUGAAACUUCGUGGAAUUCAGUUUGAUAAUGAUCGUAAAAAUUCUUUUGGUCAUCAAGCUAUUGUAAUUGACUCUAAAGGGAAUCUUUUGAGAUGGUCAAUUGAAAGUAAUAUGUUAACACCAGUUUUAGAAAGACAAAAUGUUACUCAAAUUAGAUUAUCAAAUGGCAAGAUUUAUGCCUUAAAUAAAAAAAAUAAAUUACUAAUAAUACCCAAUGUUUUAAGCACUACUUCAUUGGAAGAUAACAACCAAAUGCAAACCUAUGAGUUUUUAGACUUAAGUAUAUUGAAUAAAAGUAAUGAAAAAAUAAUCCAAAUUGAUUCAGGUAAAGAUCAUUUAAUAGUCUUAACAAAUAAGAAUAAAGUUUACUCCGCUUCUACAAAUACCAAUCCAAAUUGGAAUAAAUCGAAAAAUUAUUUUGGACAAUUAGGGCUACCAGACUUCUCAGAAAAUGAGGAUGACAAGGAUUUUUUCAAACCUGAUAAAUUAUUUGAAAUAGAAUUAUUAAAUAAAACAAUUAAAACCGAUAAAAAGGGCAAUCAAAAAUUAAUUACAAGGAAAAUCCAAAAAAUCUCAUGUGGAAAUAAUCAUACUUUAGUACGGGACUCCAAUGAUGAUGUAUUUGUGUUUGGUUGUAACUUAAAUGGUCAACUUGGGUUGGAUUCGAAAUAUCCUUUUGUACCUUAUCCAUUAAAAUUGGAAAAAAAUGAAGUUACAUCAAAAUCUAUCGAUGUCAAUUGUAUAGGAGAUUCUUCAUUUAUUACUACUACCUCAGAUAAGACAACUGAUAAAAAUGUUAAAGUUGAAAAUUACUUUGCAUUUGGUAAUGGUCAAUAUGGUGAAUUAGGGAUUGGAAAUUAUACGUCUUAUCAAAAUAUAUUAUCACCUGUAAAUGUAUUAAACAAAAAUGCUAAUGAACUUAAUGAUCCAAUCCAAAAUUGGUCAGUAAACGGUAUUGAUAAUGUGAUAUGUACAUUGCAUAGUGGUAAAGUUUUAGUAUGGGGUCAGAAUAUAAAUGGUCAACUAGCAACGGGGAAAAAAAUAAAAUUAUCUAUUCCAAGUACAAUUCCUGGAUUAUUAAUGCCAGGCAUUAAAAACAAUUCAAAAAGUGUAUAUAAAAGUGAAUUGAACUUGUUACCACAUCAGUGUAUUGAAACAAGUAAAGAUAUUAGUUGUAUCUUUUGGAAAGCUUAA